AUGUCCCGCCAUUUUGUGCGCGCAUGCGUGUCGGCUUUAUUUCUUCUUUCUUUCUCACUAGAAUAUUUUUCUUUCUUUCUUUCUUUCUUUCUUUCUUUCUUUCUUUCUUUCUUUCUUUCUUUCUCACUAGAUUUCUUUUUUUCUUUCUUUCUUUAUAGUUAUUCUUUCGUUCUUUCUUUCUCACUAGAUUUCCCUUUCUUUCUUUCUAGUUAUUCUUUCUUUCUCACUAGAUUUCUUUCUUUCUUUCUUUCUUUCUUUCUUCCUUCCUUUCUUUCUUUUUUUCUUUCUUUCUUUCUUUCUUUCUUUCUCACUAGAUAUCUUUUUUUUUCUUUCUUACUUUAUAGUUAUUCUUUCGUUCUUUCUUUCUCACUAGAUUUCUCUUUCUUUCUUUCUAGUUAUUCUUUCUUUCUCACUAGAUUUCUUUCUUUCUUUCUUUCUUUCUUUCUUUCUUCCUUCCUUUCUUUCUUUCUUUCUUUCUUUCUCACUAGAUAUCUUUUUUUUCUUUCUUACUUUAUAGUUAUUCUUUCUUAUUCUUUCUUUCUCACUAGAUUUCUUUCUUUCUUUCUUUCUUUCUUUCUUUCUUUCUUUCUUUCCAGUGAUUCUUUCUUUCUUUCUUUCUUUCUUUCUAUUAUUCCUUCUUUCUUUCUUUCUUUCUCGCUAGAUUUCUCUUUCUUUCUUUCCAGUUAUUCUUUCUUUAUCACUAGAUGUCUUUCUUUCUUUCUUUCUUUCUUUCUUUCUUUCUUUCUUUCUUCACAGUUAUUCUUUCUUUCUUUCUUUCUUUCUCACCAGAUUUCUCUUUCAUUCUUACUUUAUUUAUUUAUUUCUUCCUCCCCAAUUAUUCUUUCUUUCUCACUAGAUUUCUUUCUUUCUUUCUUCCUUCCUUUCUUUCUUUCUUUCUUUCUUUCUUUCUUUCUUUCUUUCUUUCCAGUGAUUCUUUCUUUCUUUCUUUCUUUCUUUCUUUCUAGUUAUUCUUUCUUUCUCACGAGAUUUCUUUCUUUCUUUUCCUUCCUUUUUCUUUCUUUCUUUCUUUUUUUUCUUUUCUUUUCUUUUUUCUUUCUUUCUUUCCAGUUUUUCUUUCUUUCUUUUUUUUUCUUUCUUUCUUUCUUUUUUCAGUUAUUUCCUUCUUUCUUUUUCUUUCUUUCUUUUCUUUUUCUUUUUUUCUUUCUUUCUUUACAGUUUUCUUCUUUCUUUCUUUCCAGUUAUUCUUUUCUUUCUUUCCACUUAGAUGUCUUUCUUUCUUUUUUUCUUUCUUUCUUCACAGUUAUUCUUUCUUUCUUUCUUUCUUUCUUUCUCACCAAUUUCUUUCUUUCUUUCUUUCUUUCUUUCUUUCUUUCUCAACAGAUAUAUCUCUGUUUUCCUUCUUUCGUUCUUUCUUUGUCGUCAGUUUUUCUUUCUUUCUUUCUUUCUUGCUUUCUUUCUUUCUUUCGCAUCAUGUUUCACUAUCAUUCGCUCACUGUCUCACUCUCUCUCUCUCAAACUCUCUCUCUAUUUCUAUCUCUCUCAUUCACUCUUUCUCUCUCAUUCUCUCACUCUCACUCUUUCUCUCACUGUCUCACACUCUUUCUCAUUCUCUCACUCACUCUCUAUAUCUCGCUCUCUAUUACUAUCUCCCUCACGCUUUCUCCCUCACUCUUUAACUCUCAUUCUCUCUUUCUUACAAUCUAUACACACUAUCUCUCAAUCUAUCUAUCUAUCUAUCUAUCUAUCUAUCUAUCUAUCUAUCUAUCUAUCUAUCUAUCUCUAUUUCUAUCUCUCUCGCUCACUCUUUCUCUCACACUCUCAUUCACUCAUUCUCUCUCUCUCUCUCACUGUCCCAUUCUCUCUCUCUCUUUCACUCACUCACUCUCUGUAUAUCUAUCUCACUCACUCUCUGUAUUUAUAACAAUCUUACUAUUUUUCUCUCACUGUCUCACUUUCUCGCUCUCAUUCUCUCUCUCUGUUUCUAUCUCUCUCACUCACUCUCUCUUACUGUCUCACUCUCUCACUCACUCUCUAUAUAUCUAUCUCACUCUCUAUUUCUAUCUCUCUCACUCACUCUUUCUGUCUCUCACUCCCAUUAACUCUCUCUCAGUGUCCCCCUCUCUCUCUCUCACUCACUCUCUUUAUUUCUAUCUCUCUCACUCACUCUUUCUCUCAUUCACUCUUUCUCUCACUCUCUCUCUCUCUCUCUCUUUUUUAUUAUCCUAUUUUUCGCUUAGCCAUUUUCGAAACGAUGCGAAACCCGCCUUCCUCUAUUCUGAGAUUCUCGCAAAAUCUCGCGACAAAUCCCGUCUUACGAGGCGUGUAUGUUUUCACCCUCCUUUCUCAUCAACAAUACAGCAGUGA